AUGGAUGCAGAAGAGCUGCAAGAGGAAGGAGAUGUUCUAGAGGUUAAUCUUCUCUUCUGCAAUAAUAUUCUCUCCCUCUUUGAAGAGGUGGUGAAGAAUCUUCAAAAAGAUGCCACAACAUCUGUUAAUUUGUAUGCCAUCAUGAAGUCUUUAAUGCACAAGUUGAUUCAGAGGAGAGAUGAUGAGUUCUAUGGAUAUUUGACAAAACUGAAGCUCCCCCAUCUGAUACAAUCACUGCCAAACAGGAGUUCAAAGCCUUCUACAGCACUGCCAUCAGCCAAAACUAAGCUGGUGGAUGGCUUCAACUCUUGUUCUGGGAGAGUGGAGGUUUACCAUCCAUGGUGGUGGGGAACAGUGUGUGACAAUGGCUGGGAUGUAUCAGAUGCUGCAGUGGUGUGUAGAGAGAUGGGCUGUGGAGAUGUUAUAGAGGCAAAGACUGGUGCUUAUUUUGGACAAGGUUCAGGAUCAAUAUGGAUGGCUGAUGUAAACUGUGUUGGAAAUGAGUCAACACUGAGUGCCUGUGAAUCUCGUAAAUGGGGAGUGACUGACUGUGACCAUUCAAAGGAUGCUGGAGUCAUCUGUCAGUCCCAUACCAGACUGAUUAAUGGCAGUAACUCUUGUUCUGGAAGAGUGGAGGUUUUCCAUGAUGGUGAGUGGGGAACAGUGUGUGAUGACAGCUGGGAUUGGAACGAGGCAGCAGUUGCAUGUAGAGAGAUGGGCUGUGGAGAUGUUAAAGAGGCAAAAUCUGGCUCAUACUUUGGCCAGGGCACAGGGCAAGUAUGGUUAAGUGGUUUACAGUGUUACAGCAGUGAAUCUUCACUGAGAAACUGUAAAUCAAGUGGAUGGGAACAAAACACCUGUGGACACGAGAAAGAUGCUGGAGUCAUUUGUCAGCCCAAAGUUCAGCUGGUGAAUGGCUUCAGCUCUUGUUCUGGGAGAGUGGAGGUUCUCCGUACAGUGGCAGUCUGGGGAACAGUGUGUGAUAAUGGCUGGGAUGUAUCAAAUGCUGCAGUGGUGUGUAGAGAGAUGGGCUGUGGAAGUGUUAUAGAGGCAAAGACUGGUGCAUAUUUUGGACAAGGCUCAGGAUCAAUAUGGAUGACUGAUGUAAACUGUGUUGGAAAUGAGUUUACACUGAGCAGCUGUGUGUCCCGUAAAUGGGGAGUGACUGACUGUGACCAUUCAAAGGAGGCGGGAGUCAUCUGUCAAUCCCCAAUUAGGUUGGUAAAUGGUAUCAACCGUUGUUCUGGGAGAGUGGAGAUUUUCUAUGAUGGUGAGUGGGGAACAGUGUGUGAUAACGGCUGGGAUUUGAAUGAGGCAACAGUGGCGUGUAGAGAGAUGGGCUGUGGAGAUUUUAUAGAGCUAAACAGAGGCACAUAUUUUGGUCUGGGCACAGGACCAGUAUGGUUAAGUGAUUUACAAUGUUACAGCAGUGAAUCUACACUGAGAAACUGUAAAUCAAGUGGAUGGGGAAAAAGCAGCUGUGGACAUGAGAACGAUGUUGGAGUCAUCUGUCAGUCCAGAACUAGGCUGGUGAAUGGCUUCAGCUCUUGUUCUGGGAGAGUGGAGGUUCUCCGUAAUGGAGUAUGGGGAACAGUGUGUGAUGAUGGCUGGGAUGUAUCAGAUGCUGCAGUGGUGUGUAGAGAGAUGGGCUGUGGAAGUGUUAUAGAGACAAAGACUGGUGCUUAUUUUGGACAAGGUUCAGGAUCAAUAUGGAUGACUGAUGUAAACUGUGUUGGAAAUGAGUCUACACUGAGCAGCUGUCAGUCCCGUAAAUGGGGAGUGACUGACUGUGACCACUCAAAGGAGGCUGGAGUCAUCUGUCAGCGUAAGUUACUAAUACUUUUCUUUUAUUUUUUGUCUCCAUUAGCUCUUAUCAGGUUGGUGAAUGGCAGUGAAUAUUGUUCUGGGAGAGUGGAGGUUCUCCAUGAUGGUCAGUGGGGAACAGUGUGUGAUAAUGGCUGGGAUGUAUCAGAUGCUGCAGUGGUGUGUAGAGAGAUGGGCUGUGGAGAUGUUAUAGCGGCAAAUAUUGGAGCUUAUUUUGGCCAGGGAUCAGGGCCAGUAUGGAUGAGUAAUUUACAGUGUGAUAAAACUGAAUCUACCCUAAGAGAUUGUACAUCAAGUGGAUGGGGAACAGGCAGCUGUGGACAUGAGAAGGAUGCAGGAAUCGUCUGUAAACAAAUAGAUCGUGUUAGGCUAGUCAGUGGCAUGGACUCUUGUACUGGACGAGUGGAGGUUCUACAUGAUGGUCAGUGGGGAACAGUGUGUGAUGAUGGCUGGGAUCUAUCAGAUGCUACAGUGGUGUGUAGAGAGAUGGGCUGUAAUGAUGCUUUAGAAGCAAAGACUGGCGCUUAUUUUGGACAAGGCUCAGGGCCAGUAUGGAUGACUAAUGUAAAGUGUGCUGAGACUGGAUCUAUAUUGAUGAACUGUCCAUAUGACUCGGGUUUACUCAGCUGUGGCCAUGUGAAAGAUGCCGGAGUCAUCUGCGGAUAUGUUAAAACAUUUCUGAGGAUUAAGGUGAAGGCUGACUCUGGAGUCAACCCAAAUGAUCCUGCAAUCAUGAAUCAAAUUUUAGAAGAGAUGGGGAGGAAGCUACCAACAGAUAUGAUUUCCCCACCCCAAUGGAGAACUCAAUCCAAUGGAGAAGUCUUCCAGAAGGGAAAUUUAUUCGUACCCUGA